AUGUUAGAUUCUUAGAUAGAAAAAUUCUAUGCAAGAAUUUUGUAUGUGUUUUAAUGUAAAAAAAGAUUUGUAUAAGUAGGAUAAUGCAAAAUUCAUAGUACCACAAAUAUGGAGGCUCUAGACCAGAAAAUAAAGAAAUCUUUAGUUGAAAGAACAGUGUCAGAGACAACUAGACUUUAUAUUGGUUUGGUGUCUCUGGCCUUUGCUGGUUCCAUUGGUAUGACAUUUGUUAUUCUCGCCUGUGCCUUACCACAAUACAAACUAUGGUGGCCGUUCUUCGUGGUCCUGUUUUACAUCUUGUGCCCCAUACCAACAAUGAUUGCGCGCCGCCACACAGACAGCGCUGGAGGUAACUCUCCAUGCAUGGAGACUGCAGUCUUCAUCACCAUGGGUUUCCUCGUCAGCUCCUUUGCGCUUCCUAUAGUACUGGCUCGCGCUGGAGUGAUUGCACUGGGAGCCUGCUACCUAACACUGGCAGGCAAUGUCAUAGUAUACCUCACUAUUCUCGGUUUCUUCACCAUCUUUGACAUGGACGACUCUGACUACACGAUGUGGUGAGAAAUCUAAAUGUUGUUGCAACUUCAAUGGACGAUCUUAGGCAAAUAAUAUAUUGUAUCGUAAGAUAAAAGUUGUGGUUUUGUUUAUGGUUAAGUCUGAUAAUGAUACUGAUAGUGUAACACUGAAGGUGGUCUAUGAAAAACGAUGUUAACAAUUCUUUUUUUAAAUUUAUGAAUUUCGAAGUUAAGGAACAUCUGUUAUUGCUGUCCAGUAUUUGGAGUAGUUUAUGUACUCAUAGAAAUAUAUUUAAAUUAUCUUUUGAAUGGUUACGGUGACAGCUCAUAGCUGCAAUUAUUAAUUUUAGGUUUAACGAUUCCAUUAUUAUAUUGGUUUAACACUUUGUGAUGUAGAUAUUUUAUUACGAUUAACAGCUUUAUAUUAAAAUGUUUGUUUACUUAGUUGUAACAAUUAACAACUUUAAAUUAUUUUGUUCAUUAAAAUUACCAUUUGCAGUUAAGAACUAUCACCUCUUUGUUUGGAGUACUGAUAUUAAAUAUAAUUAUACACACUUGUAUCCGUUAAAACAAUCAACAUACUUUAUUUGAUUUUUUAUAAUAAUAUAACAUGUUACUCAAGUAUUUAACAAAUAAUAUUCUAUUUGUUACUAUUUAAACUUGGAUUAAGAGAAAUUAUAGUGUAAGAAAUAAUUGGAGAUAUUUUUUUAAUACCAAAUAGAAAUUCAGAACGACAAACUAACAAUAUUGUAUACUUUUGAAAUGAGCUUUUAUCUUGAAUAUAAAAACAAUCUAAAUAUUGCUUCCUAGUGUUGUUUAGGUGCAAUGAAAUAAUUUUAUUUACAGCUGAAUAAACAUUGGUUGUAGUAUUUCUUCUUUUUUUUUUUGUAAAUGAAUGAAACAGUGGAGUGAGAUAAUAAUGUUUGCCAUGUAAUUAAAAUAACUUUUUAAAACUACAGAAUAUUGUAUGAAUUGUCUAUCUUAUCUAUCCAUAGAAUUACGCAACUUUUGAGGCAUAUUUAAAAGACUGGCUAUUUAUUUUCAUGGAAAACUUCCUAAUUUGGUUCAAUGCAUCAUCUAAUUGCAUUUAAGCCAUUUUCUUCUAGUCUUUUUUUUUAAUAUUCUACUGGCCCUAAUCUCCUAAAAAGGUUGCGUACUUCUGGAUCGGGGUGGUAAACAUUUUACUGUUUUUUUUUUAUUGGCAACAUUUCAUAUAACAAGUCGCUAUUUAUAAAGAUUUGUAAUCUAUACGAGACAAAAUUAUGUAUUUUGUUGCAAUGCUUCACUCCAAGGCUGAGUAAAGUGUAACGCAAUGCAUUGCGUAUUUCGCUAACUUUAGAAAUUACUAUUUAUUGUAAUUUAUAUUGACGCGUGAUGAAAAGUGCAACAACAUACUAAAAUCAUUCCACUGUGACUACAUCAAAAAUGAAUAGGAACUUGGCAACUAAAUGCUUGAACAAUACAAUGGUUGAAGCUCUUAUAGAAAAUGUGAAAAAUCGAUUUCAAAUUGUAAUGUUCAAAAAUGUAACUUGUAACGAUUACAUUCCUGUAAUGUAAAUUGUGUAAAUAUAGCCUUAGAAUCAGGUCACAAUAAAAAUAUCAGCUGCUUUUU